GGACCUCUUCAACCAUGAAACUUAAUGCGAGUUUCAAUAAAUCUUAAUUUGAACUUGCGAGUUAUUUACAUUAUUAUUUUAUACAUUACAGCGUAUAACAUAAUUCAGUGGAUUUUGGAUUACUUGUCUGGUAACCUUACGUACAGCUUUAAAAGCAACUACCCGACAGUUGUAUACUGGCAGUAAACUUUUAGACUGUGCAUGAAUGACAUGUGAAAUCAUUUGUGACUGGGUACAGAUAACAGAUAUAUAUAUACUUUACCUUAGUUAAGGAGAAGGCGACAGACAUUAUCAAUUGGCAACACUUGGGUUUCAAUUUGAAAGCAAUCGGGUUAACGAAAGUUUAAAUUUGGAUAAAGUGAAAAGUAUAUGAUAUGACAGAUACGAUCAUUCAUAAGUUUUAAAACCUAGUGUUCUACAGGGAGUUUGUGAAGGAACAAAAAUGGGUGUUCUGAGCCAUAUAUGGACAUUUAAGUCGAUAUGGGUGACGGUACUGGCUUUUAUCGUGCCCCUCGUGUUGGUGAUCGACUACAGCCCUGACUUUGAAAGCGAAUCAAAAUGCGCAUACGUCAUUGUUGUUAUGGCGAUUUUAUGGCUGAGCGAGGCGAUUCCAAUCCCUGUGACAGCCCUGAUUCCGAUCUUUCUCUUUCCGCUGCUUGGAGUCGCCAAAGCAAAGGAAAUCAGCUCGGCUUACGUCACAGAUACAACCAUGUUGUUCUUCGGUGGACUGAUAAUAGCCGUCGCCUUAGAAGAGACCGGUCUGCAUACCCGAAUAUCUUUGUGUGUCAUGAUGCUUGUCGGCGCACAGCCUAUAUUUUUAAUGGCUGGACUUAUGGUAACCACGUGGUUCCUGUCCAUGUGGAUAAGUAACACAGCAGCGACAUCUAUGAUGAUUCCAAUUAUUACUGCAGUUAUAAAAACUGUAAGCGAAGUACGAGCCACUACUUUGUACUCUGCAGAUAAUGAGGGAUAUGAAAUGGAAAGUGUUUCUGAUGUUCCAAACGGAACAGCAAAAGACAAAGUUGACGGUAAUCCACAAGUAGACUCAAUGCCAACCAAUUCUGAAAGUGAUAAGAAAUCAUAUAAAGUAAAUGCCGAUAAAGACAACGUGGAAGUAGAGGUUGAAGUUGGUACAAAAACAACAGUGAUGGAUGAUGAAAUGAAACGAUACGCCAAAGCCUUUGCUCUAAGUGUAGCAUACGGUGCCAACGUGGGAGGGAUUGCCACACUAACUGGAACACCGCCAAACCUUGUACUAAAGGAAAACGCCGAUGAGCUGUACGAGAAUUAUGGCUACAAAGGAGCAGAAUCAGAAAUAUCCUUUGCAAAAUGGAUGGGUUUUGCUUUUCCUUUAUCGCUCAUAACAGCAGUUAUAGGAUGGUUGUGGCUAGUUCUUUGCUUCAUACGAUGUGGGUGCUGUAAAAAGAUGGACCCUGCGCAGAAAAAGGCGGUCAACGCAACCAUUAGACAUCAAUUUAAAAAGCUUGGUUUCUUGACUCUAGCAGAAUUCCAGGUUUUGAUCGUUUUCAUCAUUCUUGUAAUUCUGUGGUUGUUCCGUAAACCUCCAAACAUUGACGGUUGGGGAAGUAUCAGCGCUUUUAAACCCGGGUAUGUUUCGGACUCGACUCCAUGUAUUCUACUGAGUGUUGUAUUGUUCCUGCUACCUAGAGAAGUUCCAAAAAUUUUCUGUUUGUUAAAAGAAGGUCUCCCUUCUUAUAAACCCAUUCUGACAUGGCAGGCAGUCAGUGCUAAACUUCCAUGGGGUGUCAUCAUUCUUCUUGGUGGAGGAUUUGCUAUUGCAAAAGCGAGUAAAGACUCCGGAUUGUCUGCAUGGGUUGGUAAUGAACUGACAGCCUUCGACCACUUGGAUGACUGGGUUCUUAAUUUGAUAGUUUGCCUGAUAGUUGCUGGUGCAACUGAAGUAACAAGUAAUACAGCAACAGCGACAUUACUGAUGCCAAUACUGGCUGAACUGGGUCUUGCCACACACAUUCAUCCACUCUACCUUAUGAUGUCGGCUACAGUUGCGUGUUCAUUUGCUUUUAUGUUACCUGUUGCUACACCGCCGAACGCCAUUGUGUUCUCUACAGGAUAUCUCACAAUACCGGAUAUGGCUUUGGCUGGACUUCCUAUGAACAUCAUAGCCGUUUUGUGUUUAACAUUCGCAAUCAACACUUGGGGUAAAGCCAUGUAUGACCUCGGCGAAAUACCGGCUAUUUUCAUAAAUAGUACUGGUACAACAUCAUUCUAAAUUUAACACGUGAAUAUUCAUGAGAUUAAAAUGUUCAGUUAAAUUGUUCAAACACUGGAUAGCAACUUCACUGAUUAAUUACUAAUUAUUACAAUUUGGAUGAAAAGUAAGUAUUGACAUCCUAAAUAAAAGACGAUUGCAGCA